GACCGUUGGCGCCAUAACGGCCGUCCACCCCUCCCUCUUCUCCUCAGGGCCCGCCGCCGCUCCCUCGCUUUGUAGAGGGCGGCCCGAGCGCUUCUCUGUGCCGCAGCUCGUCCUGUCCGCCUCUGGGGCACCGCGCCGUGGUGAGUAACCGUGCCCGCUCCUCGUCCUGAGGGGUGCGGACCCCGGCGUCCCAUCGGGGCCGGCUGCGUGGGGACGGGGCUCGCGGGCCCUCCCUGGGGGCCAUCGCAGAACAGCGGCGGUAUUGGCGGUGCUCGAGGGCGGCGCGCGCGUGCGGACGGCUGCUGUCGUGUGCUGCUCUUGGUCUGAAGGCUGUCCUUUGGUGGCUGUUUGCACCACAGAAUGCUUGAUCCGUGCAAUCCUUUUGUAAUCGUUCUGGUAUUUUUAUGGUAAAGCUCUUCUUGCUCUAUUUUCAGAGGGAAAUAUAAAACGAAGCCUUAGAAGACAAGAUUCGGUUUGCUGCUGAAGUAAAAGAUACAAACGAGGGUUUGAAUUCUUGUGUGGUGUCUUCUAGCUUUAUUUUUAGGGCCAACUGAAAACUUCCCUCGUUUUGGAAGAGUUAAAAGGAUUUUUUAAUUUCAGGUCUGGAAAGCCGUUUGAGUAAAACGCCCCAGCAGGGCAACGGGCUGCUCACUGUUGGCUUCUGUUAGUUGUCAAUCAGUGGUGCAACUCGGUUUUAGUAUUACAUUCACUGUGCAAAACGAUGUAUUUUUGCAAAUAUGUGGGAUUUAAUUGUUGGCGAGAAACGUUUUGGUGAUCAGAUCAGGACAAAAAUGUCUUAAGACAGCCCUGAAAUAAAAAUUGCUUUCUGGUCUUACAACUGCAGCCCGUGGUAGCAUUCAGUUCUGUGGUGUGAUCUGCUACUUUCACUUUCCUGUGCAGACACUUUUUUGUUAGAAUACUGAAUGUUCACUUAAAAUGACCAAAAAAAGCCCAUGCUAGAAUAAUCCCCUAGAAACUUUCCACAUAUUUGGAUCUUUUUUGCUUUCAAAAAUCAUGAGCUGUGGGAAGGAGUUUGUGGAAAUUCUUACGAAAAUUGGAUAUCCAAAAGCCAGUGAGCUCAAUGGAGAAGAUUUUGACUGGCUGUUUGAGUCUUCUGAAGACAAAUCAUUUCUGGAGUGGUUUUGUGGAACUGUAAAUGAGCAGCAUGUGUUAUCUGAAGAAGAACUGCAGGAUUUUAAUCGUCUUCUUGAGUCUGGAAAGCCCAUUUUAGAAGGAAAUGCACUGGAUGAAGUCCUUAAGACCUGUAAGCCAGCGGAUUCAGGGAACAGCAGCCACGAGGAGGAGGAGGAACUUAAGAAAUUAGAGGAUGAGUUUCAAACUCUUCAGAAAAUGAAAAAUCUUACAGUCCAUCGGCAUAAUAAGCUUCAGGUGAUGAUUUCUGAGAACAGCAGUAUGUUACAGACACUAAAAAUCAAAGAGGAAGAAGCACAGAAGGAUUUGAAAGAAGGUCUGGAACUGUUCACUGCAGCAAAUAAUAAGCUUAAUAAUGAACUGCUGUCUCUUGUGGGUAGAGUUAAGAAACUGGCCUCUUUCUUCACUGCUUCAGCUUCAGAACAAGGAUCAGAUUUGCACCCAGUGUUUUUUUCCCAGCUUUCCUUGGACAAGUAUUUGUCUCAGGAAGGGCACUGCACUGCAGCACUUGCCUCGUAUGCAAAAAAACAUUUUUAUCAGGGUACGUCGGAAUUGGCUGAAAAUUUGCACAAAGACAACUUUGAGCUUGUGGAUAUUAGCAAACAUGUCGCUGGUGCUGAGUCUACUGAAGCUUGUGGAAAGAGCCAGGAGAUUGCCAGCCUCCAGGCAGCAUACAUUUGUGCUCAACGUCAGCUCAUUGAGUUGCAAGCUGAAGAAGAGAGCUUGAAUUCAGCUAUAGAGUGUGCAGUAAGCAUGCUGCGAUCCCUAAAGAGCAAGGAUAAUGGAAAACAAGAAAACGUCGAGGCCAAAAUAUCUAGUUUAAAUGAUGAAAUCUCUACAAUUAAGCAACAGAUAGCUCAAAUAAACAACGAAGAUCUGCCUUCCCUUUUGAAAGAGCAUGCACAGCUGUUCACUGCACCGGUGGUAAUGGCAGACCUGGAUCGUGAGAUUGCUCAGCAGGACCAUUUCGCUUCUAAACAGGAUGAAAUAUGCAGCCAUCUGAUAAGGCAGAAAGCGUCAUUUGAACUUAUUCAGCUUGCCUAUGACAUUGAAUUGAAGAAACACAAAGACAUCCACUGUCAACUUGAGAAUUUGAUAGAAUCUCUGAAACAGAGCAGUAAUGAGAUGCAACAGAGACUAGAGGUGUUAUCUAAGCAAACUGAACUUGCAAAGCCAAGGAACUCUAUUAGUUCAAAGGAUGAUUUCUCUUGUAGGCUCUAUCAACUUUUGGAAGGAGAAAACAAAAAACAAGUGUUUAAAACAUACAAAAACCUGGAACAGAUGGCUCAGAAGUUGCAUCAGGAUUGCGUGACAGCACAAGACCAGCUAGCAGUGUCUUCUCAGGAGCAGUCUCUCUUGUUGUCCAAACUAGACAGUGAUGUAAAUGCUCUUCAUGAUGCUCUCUAUUGCGGAGGAAAUCAGAUACUACUCACUAGUCGGGAACUUACUGAGCAGUUUCAUCAACUGGAAGGUGAUUUAAAUAAACUAAAUCAACUAAUUAUGGAUCUUAUCGCUGAUGUGAAGUCAAAGAGAAACUUCUUGGCAUCCAAUAAGGUGCACCAGAUGGAAAGAAACUUGUAUGUGUAUUUUUUCAGAGAUGAGAACCACUUGAAAGAGAUGGUGGAGAAGCUCGAACAGCAGUCAGAGGCUAAAGCCAGUGGUCUGGAAGAUGAGAAUUUCAUCACCAGUUAACUCCUUAAUAUUUAACCUUCAAUGUAUUCUUAAGAUUAAAAAAAAAAGUUAAUGUAAACAAUCUACAAGUUUAUGGAAUGAUAAGUAUUAGCUUAUCAAGGUGAACGUUUAUCUAUCAUUGCAGUGAAUGUUCAGCUGCCACAGUUACCAUGUUUGGGUUAUAUGCUGCUUCACGGCUUUGGCAUUUGGUCAUUCAGUUCAAGUUCUUCAAUAUUAACUAACACAUUGGUUGCAUGAAUGAAUUAUAUAUGGACUGCUCUUUUACUAGCCUGCAUGUUGAUUUCCACUGUGUACAGCAUAGCGCAAAGGAACACUUCAAACCCUGGAGAUUAGUUUUCUUGCAUGGUAAGAAACUUUCAAUACAUGAAGAGGGGUUCCAGGUUUUGGGACAUAAAUGGUCAUGUGCUUCCUUCUGUAGAGGAAAGUUCUCCAAGGCAGAAAUAAUGAUCCUGCUUUACAGUUCCUCUGAGAUUUGUUUUUAUUAUAUGGAAAUAUAUCAGAAUACGUACCAGAAUCUGCUUGAAGUACCAAGACCGUCUGUUUCUUGACCACCACAUCAUCACUUAAUUUAUGUCUUCUCUAUUGAGAUUAGUUCCUACUUAUAGCAAACUUUUCAAAGAGAGAAUUUCUAAUUUACCUUUUGGACUUGGACGUUUUGGGGAUAUCUUUACGCAGUAUUUACUCUCUGAUCUGUGUUGCCAGGCAUUUGAAUGAUGCCUUCGUAUUCCUGCAUAGACUGGUAUUAAGACUGCUUAUGAAAUUUUUGUAUAGGCUUCCUAAUAGACCAGUGGCACUAAAUAUGCUUUUAUAGUAUAAAAAAAAAUUCCAGACUCUUGUUUUCUGAUUAGAUCAGCUAUACUUGCUUUCAAGUGUUGCACAUAUUGACGAAGACUUGUAAAUUAGCUUCAGCUUCAGUAGUAGUAUUUUAAAAAAUAUUUUGACUUCACUCUUUUAAUUUCUACAUUUAUGUAACUUAAAUGUAUAAUUUUUAGCUUAUUGGUUUGAUGUUUUUAUAUCUACUUCUCAUGCUGUUUAGAUCCAUAUGUUGUUUGUUAUUAAAUGCCAAAUGCUAAAUUGAUUUCAGUGCUGUCAAUAUUUAUGACAUAUCUGUAUGUUAGUAUAUGCUCACGAAUGGUGUCCUGUUUAUUUUUAAUCUUCUAGGUUCUCAUUUUGAUAGGCUCCAGAGUCUGAAUCUGAAGACUACUGCUUCCCACUAUGGGAAGUUAGGAAAUAUUUUCACCUUCUGUACAAAAACAAUGAUGCAAGUAAUAAAAAACACUAAUUUUAUAA